AUGGAUGAUAAAUCGAAAGAGCAAGAGAAUAAGGAAUUGGAGGACAUCAAAAUCGCUUUAGAAAAUCGAGGUUAUAAUUACGAAAUACCACUCGGUAAAGGCAGCUAUGGUCGCGUAGUUCGAGCCGAACACCCAGUUGAUAAUCAGAAAUACGCCAUAAAGCUUUUGCCUAUUGUGCACGGCGAUGCAGCGAAAUACCAGAAACGAGAAUUGGACGUACUUACAAAGACUGAUUUGUGGCAACAAAAUAUUGUCAAAUAUUACAGUUGCUGGCAAAUGAACAUCGGCAACGAUCCGUAUCUGUGUAUUCAAAUGGAGCUGUGUCGGGUCAACUUGGAAGCGUUUGUUUACAGAAACGAAAUGGGUAAUGCCAAUAUUGUCCGCGCGCAAGGACCGCCAAGAUUUUACCGACAGGUUUUCCCACAGAUUUUGAACGGCUUAAAUGCUAUGCAUUCCUUGGGGCUAGUACAUCGCGAUAUUCAUAUCAGCAAUAUCCUCAUUGCAAAUCCAAAGCCAACAGAAAUACGUCAGGUUAAUAUUAAGAUCGCCGAUUUUGGUCUUGCUAGAGAAAUCGGUUCUGUAAUCGACGGAUCUCCGUCCCUCACGGAGGCUCCAAAGCUGCAAAGGCUAUCAUCGGGUAUAGGGAAUGAACUUUUCAGAGCGCCUGAAUUGGCAACUGAACAUUACGAUUACAAAGUCGAUUUGUACAGCGCGGGAAUUGUGCUGUAUUUUCUCAGCCGUUAUCUUGAAGAUAAAAAGCAAUGGAAAUCCGAGAUUUUGGCACUCAAAAGUGGGGAACGUGGUCGAGAAUAUUUGUGUCAUCGAGACGACGAGAUCUUGUUCAGCCUGAUUACAUCACUAUUAGAAGAGGAUCCCAAAAAGCGUCCGAGUGCCAAAGAGGCUUUGGAUAUCCCUUGGACGAACAUUCAGUUCGAAAAACUUACUGAACCGACAGUCCCUGACGGCAAACAAAAAGCGAAGAAAUUUUAUAUAAAGAUAGACGGUGAGGUUGCCUUGAAACGAUGCGUAGUAAACGACGAUACCUUGUUUGGUUUAAAAGCAGGGAUAGAGAGUUGUACUGGCAUCAACGCCGAGUGUCAAGAUUUACAUCAGGAGACAACUAUUAAUGGCAAAGAGGAACUGAUUGAAGUAUUAUCUGACCUAGAUGUUGUUUGCAUGUUUCAGAGUGCCGAAGAAGCUGGGAAAAAAGUCGUUAUUAAUGUGUCGGAAAAUACAUUGGAAAUGGACGUGAAUUAUGGCAGUAAUCCCGUAGCAUUAUCUUAG